ACAAAGAGCAGGGAUCAGUGUGUGUGUGUCGGGACCGGAGCAAUAGAAAGACGCUUAGUUACUGGGAUUGGGGAAGCCGAGAGGAUUACAGGGGGAGUUUAUCAGGAAGUGAUAGAAACAACGGGCUAGAGAUACAGGGUCAGUGUGCAACGAGCGGGACUGUAGUGGUAAUGUGCAAGAGGAGCCUGAGAACGAGGCUGCAGUAACUUUAAUCCCAGCAGGGAGCCUGAGAGCGAGGCUGCAGUGGUUUGUAAUCCGGUGAGAGCGAGGCUGCAGUAGCAUCAACCCCAGGGAGCCUGAGAGCGAAGACUAGAGCCGGAGCAGCAGUAGCGAGAGAGCUAGGUCGUACAAGUAGGCGGCGGAUAUCGCGCUGUCCAUUGAGCGUCUUGCUCCCAGUUGCGCCCAGAGACCGUGCUGCUGCUGGAUACACCGAGCUUACACCGUGCUGCUGCUGCUGCAUACACCGAACUUACACCGUGCUGCUGCUGCUGGUUACACCGAGCCUUCAGUAGCGCCAUGUGACAGCCCUGGGGGCUCGGUCUGGGGAAGAGCCUUCCGAGAUGUGACCCGAGAGAGAGCCCAGUACGUGCAGAGCGGAGAGACUGGCGCAGGAGAGCGCGCUCUUCCCCCAUGCCGACCCCUGUAGUUGGCCCCGGGCACUGAGGCAGCGGAGAGUCGGGCGCACCCUCGGGGGGGCGCCGCAUGUUCAGGUCCAGACGCGCGGGGCUGGUUCGGCGCCUGUGGAGGAGCCGAGCGGGCGGGGAUGGCGGCGUCUCUUGCUGCGGUUUGUCGGAAGAGCCCGCCGGGUCCCCGGAGUUACGCGCCGCCGCCUCGGCAGUUUUGAAGCGACUGAAGGAAGAAGCCGUGUGUGUCCUGCUGGAGGCCGUGGAGUCCCGGGGAGCUGCGCCCGGACUGUGUGUAAUGGUGACCCGGCACGGCCCCCCUCCUCAGCUCCUCUUGUGCUCUCUCUUCCGCUGGCCAGAGCUGCAGCAUCCCGGGCAACUGAAAGCCUUGAGCUGGUGCCAGGGAGUCGCGGGGUCGGACAAGAACAGCGUGUGCUGCAACCCCUAUCAUUACAGCCGGGUGUGCGCACCGGAGUCUCCACCACCACCUUAUUCACGACUCUCUCCGAAAAUUGAGCAGAAGUCUCUAGAUCUCUCCGAUUCAUACACUGAAAUAGAAGCCUCCAACUCGCUUUGGAUCACUGCCGCAGAUAUAUCUGACACAAGCCUGUCUCGUGACAUGAGCAAGCAGGGCCACUGGUGCAGUGUGGCGUACUGGGAGCACCGUACCCGCGUGGGGCGUCUCUACUCCGUAUGCCAGCCUUCAGUAAGCAUUUUCUAUGAUCUACCUCAGGGAAGCGGCUUCUGCCUGGGCCAGCUCAAUCUGGAAAACCGGAGUGAGGCAGCAGCCAGGACAAGGGGGAAGAUUGGACUUGGAAUAGUACUGAGCCGAGAGGCUGAUGGUGUGUGGGCUUACAACCGCAGCGAUCAUCCCGUAUUCGUCAACUCGCCCACUCUAGAUGCACCUGCCUGCCGCCCCCUAGUGGUGAGAAAAGUGAUGCCUGGAUAUUCCCUCAAAGUGUUUGAUUACAAAAAAUCAUGUGUUCUGCGGCAUCACCCAACUCCUCCAGAACAUACAGACGGACCCUAUGAUCCCCACAGUGUCCGCAUAAGCUUUGCCAAGGGUUGGGGCCCGUGUUAUUCCCGCCAGAUGAUCACCUCUUGCCCCUGCUGGCUCGAGGUCCUACUGGGACGAUAGUGACUUUAUGCCUAAGGAACAAUUUCCUUCACUUUGAGCAGACAGAGUGGAUGAGAGCCAUUGUUUUACCCUUUUUCCUGAAAGAGAGGUAUGUAGGUAUUUAAAGGGAUACUGUCAUGGGGAAAAAAACAUUUUUCAAAACACAUCAGUUAAUAGUGCUGCUCCAGCAGAAUUCUGCACUGAAAUUCAUUUUUCAAAAGGGCAAACAGAUUUCUUUAUAUUUAAUUUUGAAAUCUGACAUGGGGCUAGACAUAUUGUCGGUUUCCCAGCUGCUCCCAGUCAUGUGCCUUGUGCUCAGAUAAACUUCAGUCACUCUUUACUGCUGUACUGCAAGUUGGAGUGAUAUCACCCUUAACCCCCCCCAGCAACCUAACAACAGAACAAUGGGAAGGUAAACAGAUAACUGCUCCCUAAUACUAGAUAACAGCUGCCUGGUAGAACAACACUCAAUAGUAAAAAAUCCAUUUCCCACUGCGACACAUUCAGUUACAUUGAGUAGGAGAAACAACAGCCUGCCAGAAAGCAGUUCCAUCCUAAAGUGCUGGCUCUUUCUGAAAGCACAUGACCAAAAUGACCUAAGAUGGCGCCUACACACCAAUAUUACAACUAAAAUAAAAUACACUUGCUGGUUCUGGAAUUAAAUUUUAUAUGGUAGAGUAAUUAUUUGCAGUGGAAAUUAGGAACAAAAACGACACCAUAGAAAUCAUGACAGAAUCCCUUUAAGCAGAUAUUGAUAGUACUGCACGGUAUGUAUUGACCACACGUUUCACUCCGGUCAGAAGAUACACCUGAAAGCAUAAAAUGUAAAAGAGGAAUCCUUUUGCUCUCCAUCUCUCCCUUCCUGUUGCCAGAAUCCAUGUCAGGUGCCAUGUUGCAGAAUUCCUUGCCAUUCAGUUUUGUAGACUGUUCUGCCAUGUAAGGAAAGCCUCUAGACCUUACUGGGAUCAUUCCUCUGAUCUGCAGCAGAGAUGAAAACUAAAAACCACAGAUCCACCUCCGGAAAAGACUCUCUCACGAGCUUCAUGAUCUAGAUUUAAUAUAAAAUGUUUAUAUGUUAUAUGGAAAUAUAUAUUAUACCUGUAAAUAUGGAGUCCUUUUUACACUGUAAUUAUUUAUGUAUAGUGCAAUGUGUAUAUGAACUAAAAUACAAUAAAAUGCACUUUGGCUUUUA